AUGCAGGGCCUUUUAUCCGUGCUUAGGAACAAGCUUGCGUGGAAGAAGCUAUCUGCAAGCUUCUCGCAGUCUGGUCUCCCAUUGUCAUCUACGCACAAACAAGAAGUCUUUCAAGAAAGGCGUCAACGAUCUAGCAGCAUUGUUCGGGCGACUGUCGCAGACGCAGCUCAGAGUUCCAAAAUGGCGUCUUCUACUGGUCUUUCACGGAUCGGCCUCGCUGGUUUGGCGGUGAUGGGACAGAACCUCGCUCUGAACAUUGCCGAGAAGGGAUUCCCCAUCUCCGUGUACAACCGCACGGCCAGCAAGGUGGACGACACCGUCGCUCGCGCCAAGGCGGAGGGCGACCUGCCUCUGCGCGGCUUCCACGACGUGAAGGACUUCGUUCAGUCGAUCCAACGGCCCAGAGCGAUCAUCAUUCUGGUGAAGGCCGGGAAGCCCGUCGAUGACACGAUCAAGGCGCUCUCGGAGUACUUGGAGCCGGGUGACGUCAUCAUCGACGGCGGGAACGAAUGGUACGAGAAUACGGAGCGCCGGGAGGCAGAGGCGAAGGCCAAGGGUCUUCUCUACCUGGGCAUGGGCGUGUCAGGCGGCGAGGAGGGCGCUCGAUUCGGCCCGUCGCUCAUGCCGGGAGGGUCCAAGGAGGCGUACGCGAUAGUGGAGGACGUGUUAAAGAAGGUGGCGGCUCAGGUGGACGACGGGCCGUGCGUGACGUUCGUGGGCAAGGGUGGCGCGGGGAACUUCGUGAAGAUGGUGCACAAUGGGAUUGAGUACGGCGACAUGCAGCUCAUCUCGGAAGCCUAUGACAUUCUGAAGAAUGUGGGCGGGCUGUCCAACGAGGAGCUGCACUCUGUCUUCACGAGCUGGAACAAGAACGAGCUGGAGAGCUUCCUGGUGGAGAUCACCGCCGACAUCUUCGCAGUCAAGGACGACCGCGCAGCACCCGGCGAGAACAAGUUCCUCGUCGACGCGAUCCUCGACAAAACCGGCAUGAAGGGCACCGGCAAAUGGACGGUCCAGCAGGCAGCAGAGCUCUCUAUCGCCGCCCCCACCAUCGUUGCGUCUCUCGACUCCCGCUACAUCUCCGGCCUGAAAGACGAGCGCGUGGCGGCUUCCGCGGUCUUUGCAGCAGCCGGGCUGUCGGACGGGGCAGUGGCUGUCCCAGGAGUGGAUAAAGCCCAGCUUGUGGAGGACGUUCGGAAGGCUCUAUACGCGUCCAAGGUCUGCAGUUACGCGCAGGGGAUGAACCUGAUCCGCGCGAAGAGCACGGAGCAGGGCUGGGGGUUGAACCUCGGCGAGCUGGCGAGGAUCUGGAAGGGCGGGUGUAUUAUCCGGGCGGUGUUUCUGGACCGGAUUAAGCAGGCGUAUGACCGGAACCCUGAUCUGGCGAAUCUGCUGGUGGAUUCUGAGUUCGCCAAGGAGGUGGUGGAGCGGCAGCAGGCGUGGCGUAGGGUGGUGACGCUGGCGAUCCAGGCAGGAAUCACUGCCCCGGGCAUGAGCACCAGCUUGGCUUACUUUGACAGCUACCGCCGUGCCCGGCUGCCUGCCAACCUGGUGCAAGCACAGCGCGACUACUUUGGGGCGCACACCUAUGAGCGUGUGGACGUUGGUGGAAGCUACCAUACUGAAUGGUCGAAGAUCGCCAAGGGGAAGAUGUAG